AUGGCAAGAUCAGGUCAUUCCACUCAGUUGACUUCCACUUCUGGAAGACUUAGGGCGCGUCAACCACAGACACAGAAGCUCACGGACAACGAAAUUUCGGAGUUGAAAAACUACCUUCCUGAGUGGACUUCGGCGAAAAGGAAUGAGAAGCGGGCAGUUUUCACUGCCAUAGCCAGGGCUGCCAGGCUAUUUGCUCCCAAGGUCGACCAAGCACAAUGGAAGAAGAGGAAGCGGAUGUACAAGACAUGGUUGUUCAACAACAAGAAAAAGAAGGAGAGGAAGGACAUGAUAAAGUAUGGGAGGAAAUGGACUCCUAGGCAGGUGAUCUACCAGCAGAAGCGGGAGGAGGUGCUGAAGAGGAUCGAGGACGAGUCCGGGGCAAAGCCAGGAGGUCCCGGUAUGUUCAAGUAUUAUCAGGCGGCUGUAAAGAGAGUCAUGACUGAAUUGUCCGACGACGAGUUGGAGAAGGCGAAGGACACAGCCGAAGAAUGGUCGAACAACUUUCCGCCUCCCGAGAUACAAGCACAAGUGGCUCGUAAGAAGGGACCUGGCGUAUAUGGAGCACUUUUCGAAGGAGAUGUGGAGGCAAUGCGGGAUGAGAGUGGCGAGGUGCUGUUCGGGAUGCACGAUGAUAACGAGGCAUUAGGAGAUGGGGACAGUUUCAUGAAGACGAAGGAGUGGGAGGACAUCGAGCCAGUUUGGCAGGAGUACGCACAGGAACAAUUUGGUGCCGGGGCAUGGGAUGGAGGGCGACAGACAUCACCGAAAACGAAACUCGAGGAGAAGAAAGCCAUAGUCAGAGCAUUUCUUACAUCGCACUAUCGUAUCUGUUCCGGGAUUGACAAGGCAGUUGUGCCAUGGAGCGCCAUCGUACAAAGUCAGGAUGACUUUGUGGCAAGAAAGUAUGUUCUGGCGGAUGUAGACUUGAAGGAGCCAUCGAAGUUGCAACAUUGGGACACGACCGCCUUACUGACUUUCUGGUAUGCUCGGCAGGAGAAAGGCAAAGGUCCAACAUUCCUGUUCAAAGCAUGGAAGAACAGAGAUGGGGACAUGACCAAUCACGAGGGUGAUCCCGAGAGUGAGCCUGAGGGUGACACUCAUGAUAUGGAGGAUGAUGCUGGUGAUGACGCAGCGGAAGGUAGAUCCCCGCAAAAGAGACCCAGAACAGAGCCUGGUCCUUCGACAGCACAUGAAGGAACCGCUGUCCCAUGUGCAAUUCCAAAGCCUCGCCCGGCUGGACUGACUGAGAGAGUCACCGGCAAUGUUCAGGAGGAUGGUGCAACCGAAGGAGUCAAUAGGUCACCGGCACUGAAAACAUGUGGGAAGAAAGGGGUGAUUGAGCCAUCUGGCGAGGACAACCCAGAGUAA